CUAUUGUUGUAUCUACUGAGUAGAUUGGUACUUACACCAAAUCUGAUCGUGCGCGCUAAUCCUAUUGUGCUUUGAACCCGCGCAUUCGUCCGAUUGGCUUGCCUCAGUUGGUGAGAUCCUCCAUGCUGACCAUGCCUUGAUCCACUCGAACAGUGACCCAACUUAUCCUCUCAACAAGACAUGACUGUGAUCAAAACCAUCCCAUAUACUAGACACUUCUAUUAUAAAUCACCAUUUCAUCUCCACAGGAACUCUCUUCAUCGAAGUGGUAUCGCGUCGCGCUAUAGCAGCGCCUACUGUUGCCAAAUGUGGCACUUAGCUGCCCAGGAAACGCAUAGCCUAAUAUUGCCGCAUAAGAGCCAACGUUUACAGCUGAUGACUAAACUCAUCUGUGCUGCAACACCAUCUCUUGUAGACGUACAUAUUUAAACAUCCAUACUCAUUUUUUUGCAGCAACUGCAUCUCCUGUGCAAUGGCUCAACAUCUACAAACUUACCCGACAAAACCGCGGACGUUCAUUUUGACGGACAUCACAAAUGAGCCAGAUGAUGCGCAAUCCUUUUGCCGAUAUCUGACGUAUUCAAAUCAGUUUGAUACUGAAGGCAUUGUGCCUGUGACGUCCACGUGGCUGCGCAACAAAGUCGCCCCAGAAGCGCUCCACGAUAUCCUGGAUGGUUACGCCGACGUGGUGCAUAAUCUCAACACACACACACACCCAUCCAAUCCGUAUCCCUCUGCUGACCAUCUCCGGAAUCUUGUCCGAAGUGGUGCUCCAGUAUAUGGCAUGGAAGCUGUCGGAGAUGACAUCCCACUCAGCGCUGGAGCCCAGUUACUUCUGGAAAGGCUCCUCGCCGACGAUGAGCGGCCCUUGUGGGUUCUGGUCUGGGGUGGGACAAACGUACUUGCCUCUGUUUUGUACAGAAUCCGACGUCGCAGCGACGCCGCCUUGGUCCGCUCGAAGAUUCGAAUCUAUACUACCAGUGAUCAAGAUGAUACGGGGGCGUGGAUUCGACAAAAUUGGCCAGGCCUGUUCUAUAUCUGUUCUGUGCACGGCUGGAAUCAAUAUUUUGGUGCUACCUGGACCGGAAUAUCUGGGGGCUUGCAUCCGGAAGACAGAACUGGCGCCGAUCGCACGAUGUUGGCUCCUGAAUGGAUCAAGGACAAUUUCCAGAUCGGUCCCCUCGGGCAAAAGUAUCCAGAUGUAAUGUAUGCCAUGGAAGGGGAUUCACCGACAUUCCUAUAUCUGGUUCAGAACGGCCUUGGUGACCCAGAAGAACCCAGCUGGGGGAGCUGGGGAGGACGCUAUACUUCCGUAAACCCUAUGGGUGAAGCUAAAUCAUCUAGAGGUCACUUCUCUGACUGUAUCGAUAUGGUGACUGGCAAGGACGGAGAAAGCUACUUUUCAUGUAGGGCGACCAUAUGGCGCUGGAGGACUUCCUUCCAGCAGGACUUUGCUGCCAGAAUGCAAUGGACGUUGACAUCCGACUUCAGCAAGGUGAACCAUGCACCUGUCGUGGAUCUCGACGGUGCGGCUGGGCUGGGUCCUGUGCGGCUGGAUGUUGAUGCUGGGUCUACUAUUCGCUUUAACGCAAGCAAAAGUUAUGACCCUGACGGAGAUGAUCUGCAUUUCAAAUGGUGGCAGUACAAAGAACCCAGCGCUAUCCAGAGUGGGCACCCUUGGGAAGUCAUCAACAUCGACAUCAAACCUUUCGAUCAAGGGAGGCAGGUGGAGGUUUCAAUACCGCCGGCCGAAAUCUCUUGCGCGGUCUUUAGAUCCAACCCUCCAACCACAUCAGAGAAGGGUUCACCGUUGCACAUGAUCCUAGAAGUUACCGAUAAUGGCGUACCGGCCUUGAGAUCAUACCGGAGAAUCAUCAUGACUCCUGUACGGACGCAUGGAGUCCAAGCACAGGACAGCACUACAUAGCUAGCAAUGCAAUGGGACCCGUUUAACAGCAAGACGAUGCAGUGAUGGUCUGUUGCUAGUAUGAAAUGGUGAUGAACACCAGUCAUGUUGCAUUACAGCCCUCUGGCUCGGCUGAUAAAAGCAACCUUU